AUGUACCAGCACAUCCAAGAUCACAUGAAUUGUGAAGAUAUUGCCAUGAGUUUGCUUAUUUCCAAUCUCACACAUGCAAAAUAUCCCAUUGCCGUCGACGAGUGGGGGUUCACAUCGCGACUGCAGCUCGCUCUCAAAACGGGAUAUGAAGGAAUCAAGGCCGGAAAGAAUCAUAUGCCACAUCGAUCCAACUGUGUCGAUUGGUUCGCCACGGAUUUGCAGCUCAAGGACAAGUUUGAUGGCUAUUCCACCUUUCGAGGUAUUUCCACGUUUAAUACAUCCAACGUUCUUGCACCAGCGCCAACUCCAGGAUUGCAACAGAUCUUGGCCAAUCCACGUUUUCAUGCUUUGGAGGAGAAGCGAAGAGAAUGGUUGCAACUAGACGGGAGAGAAUUUGGCCGAGUAGUGACAGGGAUACGGCGGUCCUUGGACCAGUACGCCAAGAGUCGCAAUCUGUCAUCCGAGGGGCACGGAUGA